AUGGCGGCGCCGAGCUGGAUCCGGCUCCGGCAGCCGCGUGCAACCCUCCUCAUCCUGCUGCUCCUCGCCCUCACCAUCUCCCUCUCCUUUGCCGCCAACUUCGAGGGCUUUGACUACAACGAUCUUCCCUCCGCGGCCGGUGGCCUCGAUGCUAACGAUGACGAGGAGGGGCUCGACGGCGUUGACCUCCCGCCCCCUCCGCUCAUCUCCCUCUCCACCUCCGCGCCUUCACCUCCCGUCAUGACGACAUCUGCGGCGAACCCCUAA